UGGAUGUUACGCAUGCGCAGAAGCGACGCAAAAUGGCUCCCGUACCCUGACACACAUGUAACAACAGUUCGACAACAAACAAAACAAAAAAAAGAGACAACACAUUGUGUCGACUAUUGACACUUUUGCCAAAAUGUCUCGCCACAGAAACGUCCGAGGCUACAACUACGACGAAGAUUUUGAAGAUGAUGACAUGUAUGGACAAUCUGUGGAGGACGAUUACUGCAUAUCGCCAGCUACAGCAAAUCAGUUCAUCUACUCUCGUCGGGAGAAGCAGGUGCCGAAGGAGGAGCCCCUCGAAGAGGAAGAAUACGAAGAUGACGUACCCAUGUCCCCGACCAUCAGCCGCAACCUUGACCCGCUUGAGCAAGCCAAACUCUACUCCUGCCUGGACCACAUGAGGGCCGUGUUAGGCGACUCAAUGCCAGACUCUGUGUUGAACCAGGCAGCCAUAAGAUGCGGAUUCGAUGCACAGAGGGCGCUCGAUGCGAUUUUAUCCGAAGAGCCAAAAAGAAGUCACGUUCCCGCCGACGUCCAGAGAGUGAGCGAGGAGAAAGCGCCGUUACCGCAAAGAAGCAGGCAGGCGGCGGUUAUUGAGAAAGCUAAAAGCAGAAACAUCCCUCAAAAUAAACUGGAUUGUGAAGUCCUACCCAAAGUGGCUCGCAUGACCGUCUCUGGAAAGAAGCAGACCAUGGGAUUCGAUGUGCCCAGUGGAGACAACGGUGUCGUCACAACACUUGCUGCCGGCGAGGCCACACCCAAACGUCCAGAGACUCCAUCCAAAGGGUCAAACGAAGACGAGCUAACUAGCGUUCCCACUCCCGGGCGCUCCGCCGGAAAGGCCCGGCAGGCCAUUGAUGUCAAGGCUGAAAUGGAAAAGCGACAAGGAGGCAAACCUCUUUUGAAUUUAGUAGUCAUAGGUCACGUGGACGCGGGUAAAAGCACGCUCAUGGGCCACCUGCUGUAUCUGCUGGGCAACGUCAACAAGCGCACUAUGCACAAGUACGAAACAGAGUCCAAGAAGGCCGGCAAGGCGUCGUUCGCGUACGCAUGGGUGUUGGACGAAACCGGCGAGGAGCGCGACAGAGGUGUGACGAUGGACGUCGGCAUGACCAAGUUUGAGACCAACACCAAGGUGGUGACACUAAUGGAUGCUCCCGGACACAAAGAUUUCAUCCCCAACAUGAUCACAGGAGCUGCCCAGGCGGACGUGGCCGUGCUAGUGGUGGACGCCAGCCGAGGGGGCUUCGAGGCGGGCUUCGAAGCGGGCGGCCAAACCAGGGAGCACGGCUUGCUUGUGCGUUCGCUGGGCGUCACCCAGCUAGCGGUGGCCGUUAACAAGAUGGACCAGGUUGAUUGGCAACGGGAACGCUUCCAGGAAAUCACAACUAAACUUGGCCAUUUCCUCAAGCAGGCGGGCUUCAAGGACUCAGAUGUUUUCUACAUCCCCACCAGCGGCCUAUCUGGAGAAAACCUUAGCACUAGGAGUUCACUUUCUGAGCUCAAGUCCUGGUAUUCCGGGCUCAGCCUUCUGGAACAGAUUGAUGCCUUCAAGCCUCCUCAACGCUCAGUGGACAAACCUUUCCGACUUUGUGUGUCUGAUGUCUUUAAAGACCAGGGCUCGGGCUUCUGCAUCACCGGGAAGAUUGAGGCGGGUUAUAUCCAGACGGGAGACAAACUGCUGGCUAUGCCGCCUAACGAGACAUGUCACGUCAAAGGAAUCACUCUGCACGACGCCCCUUUGGAUUGGGCCGCCGCCGGAGAUCAUGUCAGCCUGACUGUCACCGGCAUGGACAUAAUCAAAAUCAACGUGGGCUGCGUCUUCUGUGAUCCCAAAGAACCCAUCCGAGUUUGCACGCGCUUCAGGGCCAGGUUAUUACUCUUCAAUUUUGAGGUCCCCAUCACAAAGGGCUUCCCGAUUUUGCUGCAUUACGGGACGGUGAGCGAGCCGGCCACCAUUACGAAACUCAUAAGUGUCUUACACAAAAGUAGUGGCGAGGUCCUCAAGAAGAAACCCAAGUGUUUGGGGAAAGGCAUGAACGCCGUGGUGGAGAUCCGGACGCACAGGCCCGUGGCGUUGGAGUUGUAUAAAGACUUUAAGGAGCUGGGUCGCUUCAUGCUGCGCUACGUGGGAUCCACCAUCGCCGCAGGAGUCGUCACAGAGAUCAAAGAAUGAAGACUACUUCCAUCGAUGGCAUCCCCGGAGCGCCCCCACCCGAUCGCGUCUCGUCAAGCGACCCCGCAGUCGCGAGCCCGAAGAAGCACGCAGCGCCUUUUUCAGGCGAUCACCACCCAAAAAAAAAAGGCUCGCUCGACAACCAAGCUUCGGCCAAGCCUACAGUGAUUAAUGGCACUCGUGGUUUGUGAAAAUAGUGUAACAAAUUGAACCGGCGCUGGUUGUGAAGCUGCGCUCGGUUAGCCUCGGCAGAACAAAGCGAUUAUUUAUAGCAUUUCUGAACUGAAAACUCGUCAAGUUGAAAUGUGAUCACGGAGUAAAUGUUCGGUCCAUUGACGGACUUUUAAAGAAGCUUGAUGUGUUGAAGAUAAAGGAACAAUGCUCACAAAAUGGGGUUCUCUGGUUUCGUUUUUGAGAAGAAAUUUUGGUCGAACACAACUCUGAUUGUGCGCGCCACAUUUAAACAUCAAAUCAUGCGGCGUCCAGUCAUCCUUCUAGUAGAUGUCAAAUUAUUUGAAUUGGGAGUUUUCAUUUGAAAAAAAAAAAUAGAAAUAAAGGAGUAACGUCCUGAAAAAAAAGGCAUUUUAGUUUAGCUUACUUUAAACCAGUGUUGUUUUUGGCUUCCCUUUUACUUUUCGUCUUAGUCUUUUGAACGAUAAUACUUAUUCGUCUUAGUCAUAUUUUAGUAAUCGAAAAAUGUAUGUCUUCUAGUUUUUGUUGAUGAAACCUCAAGACUAAUUUCGUCUAGUUUUAGUUGACGUUUACUAAAAUUUGUCUAAUUUUAAAAAAUUACCCCCAAAAUAUAUAACUAAAGUUUUCCAACUAUUUUGAGUGACAGACAACAUUGACAGACGAGCAUCUACUUGGACAACGCCAACUUGGUGAUAAUACACUCUCAGCAGAAAAUCAGUGCAUUAUUUUAAAUGAAUUAUACCCACCUGGACGCCACGUACUGUUUGUUAAAAAAAAAAAAAAAAGUUGUCAGAGACUUAAAGAGGAACUCGCCGUUAGCAUUCGUUAACACGAUUGCUAUGCUAAUGCUACGAGUUACAUUUAGUGUGUGAUGAUCACUCAGCACAGACCUUUAAAGGCUACAGCAACAUUGCAUAUUCUCUCUGGCCAAGAUAAGAAAACAAAUUUACCUUGUGUGCAAGCUUUGAGACUGGAGAAGAUGCACUGGUGAGUCAGGGCAUCACAUGAGUGACACACCCAGACACUGCUACGAUGCAGUCUAACUACACAUAAAAUGUCAUACAUUGUGAACAUGUGACGGAAAUAUUGCACAUUUUCAUCUCCUCGUCGCCAUGAUGAAAUAUUUUCGUUAUUGUCAUCAUUGACAAAAAUAACACUGCUUUAAACAACGGAACUAAUUUUUCAGGAACAAAAAUAUAACAUUUUCAUUGAAACUUCUAAGUAAUUUGCAGCUGUAAUUUUUGAUUUUAUCCAUCCAUUAAUUUUUUUACAAAUUAAAACUAUAUAUAUUGGGCAUUAAAAC